ACCAGAAGCUCCCCUUUCACUUUUUCAUCAAGAAAAGAUUCAUUGUUUUUCUCGACAUUUAGUGACAUAUGUGGUGGAAAAUUUUGCUAACUAAAGGACCCACUUUGUUAAAGGAGGAAGAAAGAGUUGGCACUCAACAAACUACAAUAUACCCAAGUGGGCCUUUUGAUUCCCUCACUCCCAACCCAUUUCUCUUUCUCUUUCUCUCUAUCUCCAAGAUUAGUCCUUUUUUUCUUUUUUCUUUUUUCCUUAAAAAGCAUUUAAUCUUUUAAUCAUUUUUUGUUUGAUGGGUUUUGAGGAAGGAUGAUAUAAAGGUUUAGUUGCUGCUAAACAUGAUGAUGAAUAUGCUUUUCAAGUAAUUCUGUUCUUUUGACUAUGCAUUGAUGGAUAUUGGGUGAUGUAUCUGAUCUUGGAUUCAACAGAUUCUAUUGUUUCUGCAGAUUCUUGAUUUCUUUUAGGUUACUGUUGAACAAAAUUUCAUAUUAUGGGCUGGCUAACCAAAAUUUUCAAAGGUUCUAGCUAUAAAGGGCAGUAUCAUGGGAGGUUUGGAGAAGAUAGAUAUUGGGAGGAGCCUCACCGCUCAGCGGAUGAUUUGUCAGAUUUUGACAGAGAAGAGCUUGAUUGUGCUAUUGCCCUUUCCCUUUCAGAAGAAGAUCAAAAAGGAAAAAAGGUUAUAGAGGAAGACAAUGAUUCUCAGCAGUCAGAAGAAGACGAAAGGAGGGCAAGAGCUGAGGAAGAAGAAAAGCGUACUACAGCUGAGGAAGAAGAAAAGCGUGCAAGAGCUGAGGAGGAUGAAAAGCGUGCAAAAGCUCAAUUGGAGGAAGAUGAACAACUUGCUAAAGCGCUCCAAGAAACUUUAACUGUGAACUCACCUCCUCGAUAUGAUUUUGAAAAUGCAUUUUCACCUUAUCCAGUUCUGUUUCCAUCUGGUUACAGAAUCUGCGCUGGGUGCAACACUGUGAUUGGUCAUGGACGCUUCCUGAGUUGCAUGGGUGCUGUUUGGCAUCCUGUAUGUUUUCGUUGCAAUGCUUGCAAUCAGCCAAUUAGUGAUUAUGAGUUCUCUAUGUCUGGAAAUCGCCCUUUCCACAAAUCAUGCUAUAAGGAGCGACAUCAUCCAAAAUGUGAUGUUUGCAACAAUUUUAUUCCAACAAACUCAUCUGGUCUCAUCGAGUAUAGGGCACAUCCUUUUUGGUUGCAGAAGUAUUGCCCCUCGCACGAGCGUGAUGGGACUCCUCGGUGCUGUAGCUGUGAAAGAAUGGAGUCCACAGACACAAGAUAUCUAUCGCUAGAUGAUGGUCGAAAGCUGUGUUUAGAGUGCCUUGACUCUGCAAUAAUGGAUACUCAUGAAUGCCAACCUCUCUAUUUUGAGAUACGGGAAUUUUAUGAAGGUUUAAAUAUGAAGGUGGAGCAGGAAGUUCCUCUACUUUUGGUUGAGAGACAAGCUCUGAAUGAGGCCAUGGAAGGAGAAAAGAAUGGUCAUCAUCACUUACCUGAGACCAGAGGACUGUGCUUGUCGGAAGAGCACACUAUCACCACUGUGUCCAGGAGGCCAAGGAUUGGGGCAGGCUAUCGAUUUAUAGACCUAAUAACUGAGCCUUAUAGGCUAAGCCGUCGGUGCGAAGUGACUGCAAUUCUCAUUUUAUAUGGCCUGCCCAGAUUGUUGACAGGUUCAAUCCUAGCUCAUGAGAUGAUGCACGCAUGGCUUCGACUUAAAGGUUAUCCCAACCUACGUCCAGAGGUUGAAGAAGGUAUAUGCCAGGUCCUGGCUCAUAUGUGGUUGGAUUCUGAAAUAUACUCUAGUCCUGGAGAUGGUCCUUCUUCUUCAUCAUCAUCGGCAGCAUCUUCAUCAUCAUCAUCGCCGUCCUCAUCUUCUACAUCAUCAAAGAAGGGAAAGCGAUCUGACUUUGAGAAGAAACUUGGUGAAUUUUUUAAACACCAAAUUGAGUCGGAUGCAUCAUCAGCCUAUGGAGAUGGUUUUAGGGAUGGUAACAAAGCAGUUGGGAAAUACGGCCUCAGGAGUACCCUUGACCAUAUUCGGCUGACAGGAUCCUUUCCUCUCUGAUUUAGUCAUUGGAUAUAAAUAGUUAAAAUACUACAACAAUAAUCUGUCUCCCCUUUUAAAAAAUGCCUCACCACUGUCAUACAGUUUAUACUUUAUAGGAUCAAACAUAAAAUGAAUACCUGAGAAGACUGAAUAAGCAAUGAAAAUGCUCUUGGAUAUAUGCAAUUCUAGUAAUAAUUCUGUCUUCAAAAGUUGGCAUCACUUGUGAGUGUCAUGAAAAUAUGCUGAGACUCUAGAAAGCAUGUUAAUUAUAGUUAAAUAUGUAAUUAUGUACUUUUUAAUAUUAUCAUUUUUGGUCUUUUUUCUUUUA